GGCCGAUCCAAUUAACAAAACAAAAUACAUCCCAAAACUUAUUAUGGUGAAUCCAAAUACUUAAUUCUCGCCCGGGCGACAAGAUUAACCAGAGUCUUCCAUUAUUUUUUUACUGAUAAUCAAAGAUAUUGAUGGAAGGUGACGUGGCAUGGAUAUCGAAUGGCUAACUUGCACUUGUCUUUUGGUGUUUUACUAUUCAAUUAUUUAUUGACAACAAAGAACACAUAUAAGAAACAGAACCUAAAUAUUGACGAAAAAAGAACAGCGAUGGUGUUAAACUUUGGGCAAAUUAAAACAGCCGACAGCUUUGCAGUGAGGUAAAUCGCUUUUUUCAUAUAAAAAGUCUCAUGUGUUUAACAGCAGUUCUGUUUGGUCUUUUUAGACAUACCUAAGAUUUUUUUUCACAUGGUCUGAAGGUGUGAUAAACUUUACAGGUCACAGGUCAUAGAUUCUGUGGCACUGCAUAGGAAGAUCACGGAGCGUCAAAGUAAAAGAUGGACCAAACAAGGAAACAAUCUCACCCUGUGUUGUGGUUCUUCGCCUUUGGGCUUUUGACCAUGGUUUACGACGAGAUGUGUCUUACGGCGGCGCAGGACUUCUUAUCCGGGAGCAAAAUCGCUACCACCACGGUGAUUCUUUGCAUUGCUAUCCCAGUCAUCGCGGUAAAGUCAACAAUACCUUGGGUCACCCAAAGAGUGCCAUACAAUGUGAAAAUCCCAGUGAUUACAUUCGUCUUCAUGGGUGGACUGUUGACCUUGGUGUUGGCGCCGCGAGUGGGGUAUCGCCUUGUCGGGGUUAGCGUGGUAGAGGUCGGCGUCGCGUGCAGUGAGAUCACCAUCAUGUCUCUGACUGCGUUCUAUGGGGAUGUCACGGUGGACGCGUUUGUAGCGGGCAUCGGGAUGUCGUCCCUGUUUGGACCAUUCUACUACACUGCUCUAACCACGUGGAUCGACUUGUCUCCUCGUACCACCGUCAUGUCAACAAUACCGUGGCCACUUUUUCUAUUGGUACUCUUCGGGACUCUCGAUAAGGGGCCUCUCAAGCAUGCAUCCCAGCAUAAAAGAGCCCACCUCGAUCAAGGACCGAAAACUCAUGACUCGUCUAAGAGCAGCCAACUAACGGAAGGGGAAAAAAGUGAAGAGAUGCGAGAUAAACAGGGUGGAGUAUCGGGGAGUAGCGGGGUGGCAGACAUAAAUGGAGUAGAAACGGCACCCAAAGCGCAACUAUCAAUGCGGGACAAACUGUCGGUGGCACUUGAAAUCUCCCCUCUAAUUUUCAGUCUUUUCCUGACGUAUUUUUGCGAAUAUCUCUCCAAUCAUGCAGUUAUCACGACCCUGGCGUUUCCAAACUCGACGUUCAGUCCCAGAGACCACUACCCGUACUAUAUCCUCAUUUAUAAUAUCGGCAAGUUUAUAGGCCGCUCGCAUAUAUUCUUUUUCGCUUGUCUGCUGCCAUCUCUGUUGCCUUACAUUUUAGUCAGACAGACGUGGCGACUGGCUAUCCUCGAGUUUGUGCACUUCGUACUUUUUCUUUCGUUGUCAUGGUUCCGGUUCAUUCCUUACGUUUCCGCUGUACUUGUUUUGUGUUUUACUGAAGGCUUCAUCGCGGGCUCAAUCUAUGUUAACUCCGUGCACACAGUUUCAAAGACGAUUGCGGAGACUAAGAGAAAGGAGUUCGCUCUGGGCUUGAUAACUAUUGGGAACGCAGUGGGUAAGAUGUGCGCCGGGUUUGUAGGGCUUUGGCAGGAGCCUUGGCUGAGAACACAUUGUAUAGGAGACUUGAAGUUGGGAGCUUACUGCUUUACACGGCAUGACGGAGAGAUAGACAGGGGGUGGGAGGAUAGAUAAGAGGAAUUAGUUGCGUAACCCUGGUAACCAAGAGCUGUUGCCACGGAUACGCAAAUCUAAGUCCCGGGAAGUAUAGUUGUGACCCCAAAAGUGGGUUGUGGCAAGUCUACCUGGGCAAAUGCGUAAUCAGGAUUGAGGAAGUGUGGGAUGUUUGCGUUGGCAGUGAUUCCUGGGAUUCUCUUUCCCCUCCCUUUACCUUGAAAACACAGGCGCGUACAC